GAAGAAAAAAUAUUAUUUUGCUGACACUGAGAAAUAAAAAAAUAAAAAGAAAAACCAUUACUUUGUACCCGUUAUUUUAAUUAUUACUCUUUUUGCGGGUGUACAAGUAAUAUUAUAAAUAGGCUCGUGUGCCACAAACACCUUCGCAGCUGCUUUAAUUCAUGUUUAGAGCACAUACGCGCAGAGUUCAACUUCGGUGGCAAUGGCUGAAAGGCACCAUCUGAUUUGCGUGCCAGUCCCACUCCAAGGCCACAUAAAGCCGAUGCUGAAUCUGGCGAAGCUCCUCCAUCACCGAGGCUUCCACAUAACCUUUGUCAACACAGAGUUCAACCACAAGCGCUUCCUCAGCUCCAGAGGCCCCUACUCUCUCGACGGCCUCCCCCACUUCCGAUUCGAAGCCAUUCCCGACGGCCUGCCGCCCUCCGACCCCGACGCCGGCCAAAACAUUCCCUCUCUCUGCGAAGCCUCUCAAGACCUCCUCUUAGCCCCCUUUAGACGACUUCUCUCCAAACUCAAUGACGCCUCCUCGUCUUCAGGCGUCCCGCCGGUGUCUUGCAUCGUUGCCGACGGGUUCACGUCGUUCACCUAUGCUGCCGGCGACGAACUCGGAAUCCCAGUUGUCGCCUUUUGGACUAUUUCCGCUUGUGCCUUGAUGGGAUUGAAGCAAUAUCGCCGCCUCAGGGAAAUGGGUAUUGUACCACUCAAAGAUUCAAGCUAUCUCACAAAUGGGUAUCUGGAGAACACCGUGAUAGAUUGGAUUCCUUCCAUGAAAAACAUCCGUUUGAGGGAUCUGCCGGCCUUCCUUCGAACCACAGAUCCGAAUGAUUUUGUGUUCGAAUUCAUGAUGGGAGAAACUGAGAAAUGUUUCGCCAGAGCUCCUUCUUCCUCCGUGAUCAUACACACAUUUAACGCAUUGGAGCAGGAAGUCUUGGAAGCCCUUUCGUCCAUCUUUCCUCGCAUCCACGCCAUUGGACCCCUUCACUUGCUUCUGAAUCAAAUCCCAGCUGCUGAAGAAGACCCAACCCUGAACUCAAUUGGUUACAAUCUGUGGAAAGAAGAUCUUCACUGCCUCCAUUGGCUGGAUUCUAAGGAGCCUAAUUCUGUGCUUUACGUGAAUUUCGGUAGCAUAACAGUGAUGACGCCGGAACAGCUAAUUGAGUUCGCCUGGGGACUCGCGAAUUGCAACCUCCCUUUCUUGUGGGUAAUCAGGCCGGAUCUGGCCGUCGGCGAGUCGGCGAUCCCGCCGCCGGAAUUCGAGGCGGAAACCAAAGGGAGAGGACUGAUAGUGAGCUGGUGUCCUCAAGAGGAAGUUCUGAACCACGCGUCCAUCGGGGGUUUCUUAACGCACAGUGGGUGGAAUUCUACUCUGGAGAGCUUGGCCGGCGGAGUCCCCAUGAUGUGUUGGCCUUUCUUUGCCGAUCAGCCGACAAACUGCAGGUACGCGUGUGGGGAAUGGGGGAUCGGAAUGGAAAUUGAUAGUGUUGUGAAGAGAGGGGAAGUGGAGAAGCUGGUGAGAGAGCUGAUGGGAGGGGAGAAAGGAAAGGAAAUGAAGAAGAGAGUGAUGGAGUGGAAGGAAUUAGCCCAAGCAGCUGCUGCUUCGACUGGUUCGUCUUCCUUGAAUUUGGACAAGCUGGUGAAUGAAUUUAUGUUAAUCAGAAAUGAGACCACAAGAAGUCCAUGAAAUAUCUGUGGUGUUUUCUCACAAGUAUUUCAAUAACUUUUUUUUUUUUGGCUUGUGGUUGAUUUUUUUUUUUUUUGGAUUACGCACCGGGUAUCCACGUGUCCGUUUUACGGUCCACGUAACUAAUCUUGCGCCCCUUGAAGUUGACCCCACAACUCCAAAGUGAGGGUAAAUUCAGGAGUACAGGGACGAAAACGAGCUCAAGAAGGUUUGAACACCUGACCUCGUGAAAGAUACUCUUGCAACCUGCACUACCACCUGAAUCACACCCUGGGGGGUUGGCUUGUGGUUGAUUGAUGAAGUGGGUGGAAGUUUUUUUUUUUUUAUUGGUUAUUUGGCAUCACUCUUCACUCUUCUUAUUAAAAUAAAAUUAGAAAAUAAAAACAUCGCCCAAAAGGGCCUACUUUUGUCGGCGUGUUUAAGAUCU